AUGGUAAGUCGUUUUGGCAGAGUGGUUUAUUUUAGCCAGUAUCAAAGCCUAACGGCCUGAACUUUCGUGAAAUGUCGAAAUUUUAUGGAGAGUUGUUGGUGUUGCUAGUAUUGAAUGCAUCUCAGCCUUUUCUCGCGCAUGACCAUUUGCCUGCAGUUGCUGACCCAGUGCCCUAGUAGCAAAUCCAUAGCAAGGCGACAGCGCUUCGCUGUGGAAAAGUCGCGAUAGUAUGACCGAUUUGUAGAAAAUUUUGUCCAUUUAAACGCAAUAUGGCCCUAUGCACCUCCGGGACGCCUAUCCUACGCGAAGGAUGUCUUUUAGAAUCUACAAAUGUUCUUUCCCGCACCUCCCAUCCGAUCUAUUACUAUACUCGCUACGUAGCCCCCUAAAAGGUAUAUAAAGGCGUAUUUUUUGUGACAAAAAGCCUUGCUAUAAAAGUAUUAAUUACAAAAAUUAUCUUCAUAUCUCCUCCUGCGGCCUGGACGACGGCGGUCCUGCAGUCGGUUCUAAGCCAAGCAGGUGUAAUAAGAUUACAAAGACGCCAACCAUCAGAGUCAUCCAGUGUGGAGUCCGCCUGAGAACAUCACUUGCGUAUGGCAUGGAGGGAUAUUUUCAAUCGUCUUGUAACAGCAGUUCAUUUCAACUCUUCCCCCUCUCUUCCAAGCCGCGUUUACGUUUAUUUGGCAUGUACAGUUACAUAUAAGCAAGGGCCUACCUUUUGUCACGCACACCUGUGAACCGCACAGGCCUUCUUUAGUCUUCUUCCUUCAAGGGGACAUAAAAUACCCACUUCCCAAAAUUAUCUGCGUUACAUCCACUGAGACACAUCAGGAAGUUCCUCUGUGAUCAUGUCAUAAAUUUCCUUAUCCUUACCAGUUGACUCCUGACCUGAAGGUCAUGCAGCCUACUAUUGACCUCCAGGAAGUCGGACAGAGUGCGGAUGGGCUGACUUAGGGGAUCGGAAGGGAAGGCGGCCUCUCAGUUUCCUGAGCGGACCCUCGGCGGUUAUUAAGUACCUGCAUUUUGUGCGGGUUCUCAUGCAUGCCGAAGUUGCUCUUUAUGAGUUAAGCCAGUUGCUUACGCAUGAACUCGAUGUUUUUUUUCUUGCCUUCUUAUUUUCGCCUGUAUGUCGAUAAUAGCUGAGUGGCAGGAUGGGCCAUGACAACCUGUGUAGCUCGGCGGUCUGCGCGCUAACAGUGUGUCAGUUGAUUUUUGAUCCGAGUCUCUUUCAUCCUAAGCAGUAAAAUUUGUAAGUAGGUGUGGACCGGCGGGCACUUGGAACCUUUGGCGAUCAUUUUUGUGAGAGGUGCAUUUUAUUGAUAAGCUGGCACCAAGUAGUGUGAACCUCUUGGAACACAGUUUCCGUGGUCACUCUGUGCGUUUAUUUUACUGACCUUACGCAGCAUCAUCGCACGCACAGGCCUCAAACCCUUUAACCCUUUGUUUAAUUACGAUGAGACUUGGAUACAUUACGCGAGGCAAAGGUCUGACACAAUUAUCUCUUUAAACAUGUACGGAAGUCGUUUAUCGUCUGGGAUUACAGACGUUAGCCAGUAACGAACAUUGAAGUAGCAGUCUUUCGGGCUUCAAAAGACGCUCUUUCGAGGAUAACUACUUUAUUCUUGAUACCUAUUAUAGCACAUUCCCUUUUUUAGUGCCGCGUGUUUUCGGCAUAAAACUGUCCUUUAACAACAACGUCGACCUUUGCAUCGCGAUCAAGUCUUUUUGUCCUGUGUAUGUUUGCACGUUUUUAUCCAUAGGUUACGUUACUAUGAUGAGGUCUUGCUUUUUAACUUUACAUUCCAUGUUGGCGGACGUAAAAAUAUUUGUCCCAUAUGGGUUACUGGUGGCAACCUUUCUUUUCAGGUAUCAUCCUAACAUUUCAACAAAACAUGCGCAUCAUCUUUCAGCUGUUCCUUAUUCUCUGGAUUCUUAGGAUUUAUUCGCUUUUCGACGAAUAUCCUAUUUCCACAUGUGCACGACCGUUUCUGCCAAACAUGCCUCCUGUUUCGCUAACCAUUAGUCCCAGAGAAGUUUCGGUUGAUGUGUCCAUUGAACUCUUCUGACAACCGACCAUGUCGAUGAGUCUGUUGUUAUUUUUUGAAACUAAGUCUGAAGUUUGUACAAUGGGUAAAGGCCACCAAAGUCUUACUGAAAGUUGCGUUUAUCGGUCUGUGCCUGAAUAUUUGCCGGCGACAUCUCUAGGGGAGUUUGCUCCCGAAUUUCCUAAGUCUUAUUCAAUGUCGACAAUCCAAUUUGCCCUGUUGUCCAGUGAGAAAAUAAUUAAGAUGCACUACGCUGUUUCUUAUAUUCCUCCAUGGGAAGGUUUUUCUCAGUACUUGACGUGAUUCUGGCAUCGACUUCCUAAAAACAACUGCGACCGGUAGGAACUCUCACCUCGAAAUUCGAAUUUGCAUCAGCACCGACGUUCUACUAUUGUCUUUAACAGGUUCUCAAUUAACUGAAAGGGACCUUGCAUGCAUUCCCAAACAAUGGGCCAACAACUUUGUCGGAACCCACGGUAUGCAGCCUAUCGUUUCGUGACUCUUCCGGAGAAAGGGAACUUGUACCUUCUUAACUCCGAUACCGCGAGAAGAAUGUUGUACUUAACUUUAUAAAAUGUUUGAAGUAUUUGGCUGGCGCGUACGCCCUCUAGAUUUUUAUUGAAAAGAGAAGACUUACCUCACGCUUGACCUGAUUAGUUUAGUCAGCCGAAAUUCGAGAAUAGAGUCCCUUCGACGUUGCAGAUCGUGGCGAUCGUCUACAGUGUAUUUUGUCGUCGUUCCAUGUUAGCUUUUAAGGGAUUGUUCAGGUGUUAGGGUUUAGUAAGUCUUUUAGAAUGCUUAUUUUGAUUAAUGUAAGUUACUGAGCGACAGCUAGAAAGUGGGCUUUACCUCUGGGUUCCACUUUUCGGGAAGUACGAUGAUUAACACGUCAAGUUUACGGCCUUACCCGCUUCUUUUGGCUACUUGGAGCUUUUUUACUUUUGCGUUCAGUUAAAAGAGUUGGUUGAUGUAGCCGCUUAAAGCUUUACCUUUCGUACUCGUGGAUGCUGCCUGGUAGACCUAGUUUGCUGUUUUAGUGUACUAUGUACACUUACACCAUGUGUUUGUAAUUGCCAUUGUCAAGGAGUUUCCGAUUGUAUCCGAGGAGUUGGAUUGCUGUUGCAGUCUUUCAUCAGGAAAAUGUCACCUAAACUGGUUGGACGUCAGAUCAUUACUUUGUCGAAGAUAAUCUUCUGACUUUCUUCACAACCGUCUGCUUUUUUGUUUGAUAAAUGCGUUAACCUCUUCUAAAUGCAAUCGCCAGAGUUGCCACAAACGUACGUCUUCCUGAGUCGUGUUCGUGUUGUUGGGUUUGCGGUCUCCUGACCUCCCAGCGUAGUCUCAGUCCUUAUCUCUUCCUAUUUUUAGAAGAACGUUUGGCGAGCGUACGUGUGUUUUUGAUAAAUUUUUAUGGGACCUGUACAUUUGUAUGGCAUUUAGGUACAAGCUGAAGCCCGUGCGGUUCGUCUUUUCACACAAACGCGAUAUGUGAUUAAGUGAGUGGGAAGGGGAGGGGAGGAGGCAGUAAGUGCUAGUGAGGGUUAGGUCGUGACGUGUCGCAAGGGGAGGAGAGGAGGGAAGGGGGAGUGGAUACAGGCAUAACGUUAAUCGAUCCUUGCCCACGGUAGACGCGGAGUGUGCAAGAGGUUCUUCUGCGCGCACAGGACUGGCCUCCGUAGCCUGAUAGCAGUCGCCUCUGAUGUUGCUAGUAAGCACUGACCCAGUCGCUUAGGAUAGUUAGGUGGGACGUUGUAAAUCAUACGGAAGGCUUCGUUGAGAUCCACGCGGUGCCCAGAAUCAACCAUGUAUGCGCGGAUGGAGUUGUGUAUACUAUUAACUUCACCCUUCCCCAGCCAUGCCAGCAGGUGUUCUCGUAUUCUUUUGGACAGGCGGCGACUUGUACGACCAAUGUAGCUUUCUCCACAGGAGCAAGUUAAGAAGUAAGAGCGCAUAGAGGUGGUCUGUGCUGGUAUCCUAUCCUUUCCUUUCCCUCGUAAGACGAGGUUGAUCGAAAACAACACCUUAACUGUCUAAGUUCCGCGAAUAUUCCCAUGUUGCAAUUGAAAAGUCAAUUUGGCCUGAUGACGAGUUUCCAAACAGGUUUAUCAGGGUCUGCAGCCAACGUUUAUGCAGCAUAGCGUUUUUGCACAUUGUGACCUUUGCACAAACGUUGCUUUCGAUUAUUCAUAAUCAGGGAGUACAGUAAUGUAGUGGAGGACAGAAAAGCAGAAUUUGAACAUUUAAUAAAAGUCAGUAUGGGGGAGAGGGUUGAAGGGUUCAGAGCUCAGUGGUCAGAUUCUAGUUCUGUCUGGGGUUUAGGGGGGGGGAGGUGUCUAAAGAUUUGCUCUCCGUGUUUUGUCGCUGUUACGCGACUUGGCAGUGGGCAUGAGCAGAUAUGGUGAAUGUGUCUUUGUCCAGGGCAGGCUUGGCGCCUGUACAAAGCCUUUAUUCGAGCACAAGGCUGGGUUGGCCAACCGUAUGGUCACUGCCUCUGUUGUCGCAAUUAUUCGCUGAUGCGGGAACUUGGAGUGUCUUGCCGACACUUUAUAGAUGCAUCGGAAUGCUUGACUGACGUCUACCAAGUGGCCGCUGUCAACCAAGUGAGCCGCAUUUGCGCUAGAGAUUGACUUUUCCCCACCUUGAUUUAGUCAGACAGGACGGUGCUCUCGCAUUCGCUCAGAUAGACACCUUUUUGUUCGGCCAAUAUAUCCUUCCCCCUCCCCAUUCCCCUCCCUAAACCCCAGACAGAACUGAAAUCUGACCACUGUGCUUUGAACGUCCUUCAACCCUCUCCCCCAUAUUGACUUUAAUCGGAUGUUUUGCUUUUGCUAUUUUGCCCUCCGUUAUAUUACUGUACAGGCCUGGUGAUGAAUAAUCGAAAGCGUUGGUUUGCCGGACUUGAAAUCUUAGAUGUCUGCAUGGGUAUCAUCGCUGAAAUAUUUCUCAUACGGCUCAAAUCUUACCUCUAUGUAUUCUAAGUCCCGUUGAGAGUACAAGCGAUCCGUUUCAGGAUCAGCUUUUAGCAUUCAUUGAAAUCAAUUCGGGUGACACUUGACCCGCAGUUUUUUGUUACUGGUGCAGCAUCCGUUUAUGUCAUAACAGAAUUUUAUUUGUUCUGCUCUAGGAACCAAAGUUUAGAGAUCAAGAAAUCCGGCAUGUUAAUCCGUUAAAAAGCUCCUGCAUAUGUUUGAAAAGAUAAUUUUGUCGGACUAUUGCCUCGAAGGAUCUAUGCGGAUAGCAGAACUAAUUCUGCAGUCCAGGAUGGCUGUCUCUGUAAGCCUUCCUCACCUAAUACUUUAAUGCCGUCGGAUAUAGCGCAUGCAGCUUCGGUCGGUGGCAGUUAUUAACAUUGAAAAUCGUCUCAUUGCAAAGCAGUGCUGCUUCUCCUCCAGCAGCUCCUGUCUCUCGUUGUAGAAGGGCUUUUGCGCCCUUCGCUGACCACCUACAGCUUUGGCCAUCAUGCCUGUAGUCUAACCAUAUACCUCACAAGACACCUAACACGUCGGUACCAGUGAAUCGUUCGGCAUAAGAAACUGCCUCUUCACAAGUUUCGGCAUUACUGGUAGUUCUCCUGUGUUCUGAUGCUGCCAAACGUUGUUUGCUGUCAUUGUGCCUGUGUCGCGACCCUGGCGGAAGUCAGUUGUGAAGUCAAACAAACUUCCACAAGUUGUCAGUUUUCCACCGAGGUAAACGUGCUUGGUGCACGUUCCUUGACUACCUCUUUGAUUUUCAGUUUGUACUUUUCGUGCUGCUGCAGUUGGUCCUGUUGGUUAAUGAGUACCUCCUCCUUUUUUUAUCUCAAACUGCUGCAGUCCGUGCCGAAACGACCCGUCGCCUGCAGGCUGCUCACAGAGGAUGAAAAACAGCGACUGGUUUCGAAUCUGGGUACCAAGUGUAUAGCCAACUGUGCAGCUGUCGUCUGUGUUUACGCACCGGAUGGAGCAGGCGGUUGGCGCCAACUUCACAGCGGAGUUGCAACCAUCGAGAAGGAUCGGUCCCUGAAGUCAUACUAUGUUCGCGUCUACGAUCUGGAGGUUCGUUUUUCCCUUGGCCUGUCCUCGAACUAACGCGCUCACCCCUCCUACCCUCUCUCUCUCCUCUUUUAGAAGGCUUCUCAGCUCUACGAGCAGGCCAUCUUCCUGGAGAUGAAGUACACAACUCUGACGCCCAACUUCCAUACCUUUCAAGGUGAUCGUUUCCCCGUUGGACUGGCCUUUGCUGAUGUCGAGGAGGCCAACACAUUCCAGGAAAGCUUCACAAACCUGCUAACCAGGUGGGGUCAGACCCCGUACAGUGAGACGCGCACUCACAGUGUGGAUAAACCCAACACCACCGACGUUAACAUGAUGUACGUAGUAGAAAGACCCCCGGCAGAGGCACCCACAAAGCACGGCUUUCGUUUUUCUAGUUUCCGCAAAAAGGUGAGUAUUCUGUACAUACACACACACGCACGAGCACUGGUCAAUUUUUAAUUUGUUUUUUAAAGUAUACAGUAGGUGUGCUUAUUCGUGAAAUGUCAACCGAAAUUCUGAAAUUCGUUUCGGUUUCGAAAAGAUUACCCUAAGUAGGGUUAUAAAACUAAUCAUCUUGCAGCAUACUUAUACAAUAAUUCGGCUACCUUGGGACACCGGCUUUCGAAGGAACUUCUCCCCGGCCGCAUGCAAAUCCACACUGUAAAAAAUGACUGUUAAAAUUUUAUGUAUUUUUUCGUUGAUUUUCCAUGUCCUUAAAAAUGCAAUUAUAUUUUAUGGAAAAAAUGCAUAAAAUAUUCAUUCUUUUGCACAUUAGCUAGAUAAUGACGUCUUCUUCCAAUUUCGUACUCAAAGAAAGGGUAUAAAUUGGUUUUUAAAGAAUUUUCUAGUUGUCGAAUAAUUUUGAACCUGACCUGCCGCUACACUUGUAUUCAGGGUUUCAAAACUACAACCCUACGUACAACCGUACAUUUCUCUACGGUAUUUAGAGGAGACCAUAUGGGGUUCAUAAAAUUUACCAGUGAAUUUGAACUAUAUUGUUAACUUUACAAGCCGCAUUAGCAAAUGCAAAGACACGAUGUUUUGUAAACGGGCAUUUCACGGUAUUAAAAAAUCUCAUAAUUAGAAAUUUUUUAAAACCGAAUCAUACCCCUCCUUCGAGUAUGCACUUUGACGAAGAGGUAAUUUUCUACCCAAUGAGUGAAGGGAUUAAUAUUUUUUAUACAUGUUUUCUACAAAAUAUAGUUGAAUUUUUAAGGGCAUCGAAAAUCAAUAAGAAAAAUUCAUGCUAUAUAAGUAGUCAUUUUUUGCAGAAUACAGUUUUUGCUUGCGGCCGGAGAUAAGUUCAUUAGAAAGCCGGCAUUCUGAGGUAAUUGAAUUAUUAUAGAAUUAGGUCGCACGAUGAUUCAUUUUACAGCUUUACUUAAGCGAUCUUUUAGUAACGAAAACGCAUUUCAGAAUUUUGGUUAAUAUUUCAUGAGUUAGCGCACCUACUGUAUUGAUGAGAUGAAACCUUCUGUAUAGCUUAUUUCUGGAGUUCACAGUCGCAAAUCACGUUAUUUUUUCCUGAAACUUCCGAUUACCUGCAUUGCUUUCUAUAUGUCAGUCAACCGAGCAACUGAUCCUCUGAUUAUGCCUUAUUGGCUACCUAUUUGCGUCUUUUUGGAUGAACUGGCCUCAGUCGACCACCGCAGUCUCCUUUCUGUAGUCUGUAAAAUCGGCUAAUGAUUGUUCUAGUCUGGGGCUGCAAGCGAGGGUGAAACGUCCGUUUUCCCGACUGAAAUCAGGCCCGAUCGCCAGAGGCUAUUCGCAUGUGAUUCUCCGAGUCCUUCCGAUUGCGGUCGACCGCAUGAGCCUGCGUCCAAAUCUCAGGCCCUCUCUUCCCCUGGUUGAGGUGUAACUGGCUGAUGAUGAUAAGUAACAAAUAGACAUUUCCGUCUCUUUUCUUCUGGUCGGCAGUGUUCUUCCACAAUUAAUUACUCAAAGCUCAAGGGGCGCGGGAGUUAUCUCCAGGUUGGAGUGUUGUCUUAUAGUCGGCGGCAUUUACGGCGUACUAGCCUCUCACGAAAAUUGGUAGUGCUUGUUUAGGUGAGUUAUUUAUGCAUGGCCAGUAGCGAGGACUGUGGUAGGUUCAGUUCAAUACACGUCUCAUUAUUUCUUUACAAAUCGCCUUAAUUCUCCUUGGAGUUUGCCCUCAAUCGGAUCGGAGACGUUACAAUUUGGUGGUAGCGGUGCCGCAUGCAAAAUUGCAGACAAUCCCGUAAGUAAACUUGUUAAGGAGCUGCAGAAACUGGCACUGCCUUCGUGUCCCGCCCCCUCCCUGCCAAAAUUUCUCGGUCAGGCGAUUUUGACCGUUGGGAAGCCCGGAUGGCAGACUUCCUAGGCGGCGUGAACGGCAAAUCUAGGGGCGCGGCAAUCCUGUCACAACUGGAUGACAACGUCUCUGACCUGGCUCGGGCUUCAGGCCUCAAUUCUACGACGCCUGUUGCAGAGAUUUUUCGGGACCUUCGUCGGAAAUUUAUGCGGCUCAACACCCACUUGGCUGAUGCAGUCGGAGUUCCGAGGGCGGUUUCAAAGGCCUUUCGAGAGCGUCGUGGAAUUUCAACAGGCGCAUCGCCUUCAAGGACGACAGGCCUAUCCUACUUUGGCAGCCGCCGAUCUCGAGGAAACAGUCCUCAUUUCCAUCUCUUUUCUCUUGGUCGGCACUGUUCUUCCACAAUUCCUUACUCAAAGCUCAAGGAGCGGGGGGGGGGGUUAUCUCUAGGUUGGAGUACUGCCUGGUAUUCGGCCGCAUUGAGGGCGUACUAGCCUCCCACGAAAAUUGGUAGCGCGUGUGUAGGUGAGUUAUGUAUGCAUGGCUUUGCUUGGAAAUCAGGGUUUUUGAGAACACACUGUAGACCGCGAGUCUAGGAUUUACAUGCCUAGCUUUCGAAUUUACAAACCGCUCGAGCCUGGGUUGACACUGCCGACAUUCUCCUUCUGGGUCCACCGACUGGUGACGGCAGGUAGACCAGAAACGGCCAUUCUGGCCUCGUUUAUCCCUGUCUCUGAGACCUCUCCGCUAUGUCGCCUAUUGUUUCCAGCCUAAACUUCCUGGCUAGUUUAAGGUAUUCGGGCAUUAGUGCAGACGAUGCUUUUUAUAUGUCCCCCCCCACCACUUAAUACUUUUAACGUGAAAUCUUAUCGCGGGCCGUUUCUGGACAAUGUCAACCUACAUGUUUUGUUUUUUGUCUGUGGGUAUAUGCUGACUUUGGCAAAUUUAGACAGAAUGCAUUUGCCAUUAUCUCAUGGCUUUGAAAUUGGACUUUACAGCUAGCCUCUUGGAUAAAUGGAGAUGGUUCCGGGAUCCUGCGGCGAACACUGCUGGCCUCAUCUAGACCAGAGUCGCCUUCAAGCAACACUGACGGCUUAUAAAUUAUUGAGCCUAGCAUCCACAUUCGAACUGCCUAGAAGGGUACUUGGUGAGCACGACUCAUUCGGAGCCUUGUAAGCAGACUUCUAAACAGCAUCCAUUAAAGUCUUGGAGAACGUCCAUUUCCGCAGGCCGACCAUUCAUCGUUGAUGAUGCCUUUCCCUGCUCUGACAUAUAUCUUCUAGCCCGCUAGAUUUUCGACCUUAUUUGACUGGGUCACUACAUCUUGUAGGUCUUCGCAGUCGUCAACCAGCAUACUGAGACAACUUCGACAUUGCUUGCGGGGUGCACAUAUUCUUCGAGGGAUACGAUCAGCCACGUAGUUUAGUGUAGAAUGAGGACAGGGCGCAUCCUUGUCGAUAUUCCAGUUGAAUGCCAAAUAGUUCUCAAUUCCUAUGUUCGUCCUCUCAUGCGUUGAUAUUUUCUCUGGCGAGGGCUGUCCUUCAUCAUCUUGCCGAAUCGUUUUGCAAACCAUCCCAACUGAGUAGUUAUCUGUCUUAUCCGUCCCCUGCCCUCUCCCCUAUUUUAGUUCUAUUCGUCAGAGAAAUCAAAGGUUAGUCUUGCGUGUCCAAUUUUGUUCUUCACAGUGUCCUUUUCACCUAUUAACCUGAGGCAGUGCCUCGUUCUAACCGUCUGCUAAUCAGCCGCUCGGCUUAACCCUCCUAAUGCACAUUUCUUCUCUUCCCAGUGGCUUGCUCGUUUGCCGCUCACUCCAUCACCGCUUACGAUGUGCAUUCGUCCUUUGUUAACAGAAGAAGGCCCCAUCCAUCAGCGGCCCCACUGAAUUCCGUCACAUACAGCACCUCGGUUUCAACAAGGAGUCGAAACAGUUUGACAUGAUGGGUUUGGACGAAGACAUGCUGCAACAGUUCUUCAAGGACAGCAACCUUCACAACCUGUUAACGUCCCCAGAAGAUGCAAAAUUCGCAAUCGAUUUCAUCGCCCAGAAUGUCGACGUCCAUGAGGUGAGUCCUCCUCCAUGUCCCCGUCAGUCCCGUUUGCUCGUGUUCACAUUUUCUGAUGCUCAAAAAAGGCCUUUGUACAUUUUUUGCAGUUUCGCACUGUUUUCUUUUCAAUUUUUGCCACAGAGGCCUAGGGGGAGGUCUUUUUUAGCCGUGCGACAGCGCUGACAUCGUGGAUUGCCACUUGGUGCGCCUAGUCACUCUCUUUUCUCGAGAAAGAAGCAAACACUGGCAUUCACCGCUUCGCGCUCUCAGGACCGUGUUGCCAGCACACAGCCUGACCUUGAAGAGCUCAGUUAGGCAUGGGUUUGUGCACACGUGAGCACCCACACGCACCCGUGUUUCAGGCGUGUACUUUGUGUGGAGUACCGUCGUUUGACCCUCUGCUUUAAUCGUCAGCAUAGUGGAGGCACGUGGAAUUGCGUAGAGGCUCUUGCCAGAUUCCUCGUGAAAUAGCACAGCGUAAUGCCGAUGAUAUUGCCUUACUUGCUUCAAGUUUUGGUGAUCUGCAGUCUAUGGUGCCACGGGUGAACGAGGUCGGUAAAUCGGUCGGUUUAUCCAUAAACGUUGAGAAGACCGAAGUGUUUUCAAACUGCAUUCCUGACCAGGAGAAGGCACCCCUCGGGAUUGGUGGCUGUCAACUUGAAGGAGUAGGCAGCUUUUAAUACCUCGGGGCGAGGCUGCUGCCGAAUAGGCAGAGAAAGGACGACAUUGUCUCCCGAAUCGAUGCUGCCCGAUGGGUUUUCUCGAGUUUUAGAAAAUGCCUAUGGAUCAGACGCGACCUCUCCAUCGCCACUAAGAUUCGCGUGUACCCUGCAUUCGUCCUGUCUGUCCUUCUCUGUGGUUGUGACCGAUGGGCCGUGCGCGUGGAGGACGAACGAAAACUGGAGGUAUUUGACCGCCACUGCUCGAGGACCAUCCUUCGAGUGAAGUACACUGAGUUCGUCUCAAAUGAGACAGUCUGCUCUCGCUGCGACAAAAUUUCAAGGAUAACUCAGACCAUCCAAGAAAGCCGACUGGGAUGGUUCGGGCAUGUUUGUCGUUCGCCUUCGGAGUUCAAUGUUACUGUUUUUUUGAUCCGGCACCGUUACCCCAUUGGAGGCGUCGAGGAGGGGGUCAACUCAAAACCUGACUCGACACAGUUCGUCAAGACAUGGAGGUGGUUCUUGGACCUUCGGUAUUCGGUCUCUGUUGUUGCCGAAGGGAAUGGAUUGAGCUGUCCAGAUCUGCUGCCGCGGAUCGUCACGCGUGGAGAGGUACAGUUCGGGACAUCAUCGAGGCCGGCUAGAUCAGGCAUGAUCGCAGCUGUACCAUGUACAAGUACAAAUACCACAGCGUAUUGUGCAGAUAAGGUUUUACGUCUGUCUUGGCCUUUUUUCUUGAAGUCAAAUUUCCCAGGUCAGAGUUUGUGAUCGGUCUUGUGGGCAAUUUUGACGGGGGACGUCUUAUGGGUUUAGACUCACAUGUCAGCCGUGAGAGGCAGUCAACCUUGUGCUCAGAAUCCUUUGAUAACCUCGGUUUAUGCCCCAAACUGAUUUUGUAAGAGGAGGAACAGUAAGCACCGGAAGAUACAUCUUUUUUGAAGUCCUUGGUGCGUGGUUUUGGUUGUGUUUCCCUACAACUGGCGGCGUUGCAGAUGCGCUUGAGCAUCUUGCGCCACAGACUGGCUCACUGCAUGCGUUUAUCGGGUUGCGCUGGGUCCACGUGAACCCGUAACUACUGUCGUACAGCGCGUGACACACCUACGCGUCAGACACUGCUUCCUGUCUUCUUACCCGUUGGUAGAUUGCUGUGCGUAAGGAUAUUUACUGGUGUCACUCCCUACUCCCCCUCCCCUUUUCUCUCCUGCAGCAAUGGCCUGCCUAAAUCUGUUUGGAGGCUGGUGGUGGGAUUAAGAUCAACAGCUGACUUGACACGAUCCUCUGGCCAACCUGCACGGUAAGGGCUCGUUCCUGUCUUAAGCAGCAUUGCAGGACCGUUUUGAGGACCAGACACACCGAAGUAACAAGAAGGACCGUUGUCCGCAGGGGUUGUGAUAAGCUCGAAGGCAGCGGUUACCUUGGAGCCCUAGUUACCAAUGUUGCCAGCGACAGAGAUGACGGAGAACCCCCUUAAUCGAGGUCGGAUGUUACCAACCGUGCUCUAUUCCUCCCCGUUUGUCUCAUGCGAUGGCUCAAAUCAAAAUGGAUGAUGGUUUCAGACUAGGUUAUGCACGAACUCAUAAGGACCGUUUAGGGAGGAGGGGGCGACCCACCCUUUCACCUAGUCACGUACAGUCUAAAACAAAAUAAACCUAAUCUACGUGCAACUUUCAUAACUCUACACGCCGCAGGUUAGAUCGCAUGGGGAGGUCGAUGCGCUGAAGGUAGGUCGUAGGUUGCCAAACGUGUGUCGAACCUGCCCGCGCCUACUAAGCAUUACGUAGUUAAUCUGAAGAACAAGACUCAGCCUCAUGUUUGGCGGCUGCCAUGAGACCACAUUCCAAUACAUUGUGCUCCCUUGCUUUCUGUCCCUCCCUAUUACAAACAGUGCGUGCGUUCUUUAAAAUGACUUGUCGUUAAGGUACUUCACUGCCUUGCAUCUAUGCUCCGCUAACAUAUAAACAGUCAUGCAGGUUAUGGGAUACUUGUAACAGCAAAGCAUGGAAGACUAAGUGGCAUCAAACAUGUUCAGAACGUAUUGGUCAGUCUUCACAAUGAUGCGGCUGUAGUCCUCUCACGGAUCGAUCUUUCAACCUACUUUCAGCCAUAGCACACUAUGUUUCUUUCAUCCAGUUCAAUAAGGCUAUGAAAGUCCGCGCCCCUCAACCGCCACAGAGCACCGGUCCGACCACGGCCUUUAAUCGUGGUGCAGCACCCCCUGUUCCGUCUUUCUCUAACCGGCCCACAGUACCGCCGCCUCCAGUUCCAACCAAUUUUCCCCCUCCCCCCACUGUGCCACCACCACCGCCACCGGGGCGAGCAGCACCGCCGCCGCCACCUCCGGGACGAAUGCCUCCGCCGCCGACACCGCCCCCGCCGCCUCCACCACCUCCGCCCUCUGCUGGAGGCGGUACUGGCAGGGCACCACCACCUCCACCCCCACCUCCGCCACCACCAGCGUCGGGUGGCCAGCCGCCUGUUCCUGCGCCGAGAGGUCAUCCGCCUGGAGGUGGUUUGCCUACGACGACCGCUCCUAUUGAUCUGCAAUCGGAAAUCCAAAACUUCAAUAAAGGACAUCUUAAAAAGGUAUAUCUUUCUGAAGUCCAACUUGUGCGAAAUCAGGCCUUUUCGUAGCACUUCUCCCCGCGCUACCUGUUGUCGAGUUUGGCCCAUCGACAAGGCAGGCGAUUGGCCACUGAGACUGUACAGUUGCCGAAUUCAAAUUAGACUAAUACUUCGGCCAGUAUUUCAUAUACGCCCACUUUUGCUACUUUGUGUUCAAUAAAGACGCGCUGAGGCGCGCAGAUGUGCAUGUAACACCGAUUCAGAAAAACUUACGAAGACCCAUUUCUUUAGUGAAAUUAUUAUGUGAGGAUUUACCACCGCCGCCACCAUUACCACCACCACUUUCCAUUGAUAAUGUCACAAGCCGUUUCUUUGGGAAGCUCGUUCACCGAAAUUUCAAUGACGCGGCCACAAGUAGAAGUUAUUCAGAAGUUAUCCUUAUCCGUCGUCUUCCAAUCCAAUACCUGCAAUGUACAGGGCGCGUUUUUCCCCUAUUAGUUUGAACUUCUAGGGAAAACCGCUUGUGUUAGCAGCGCGUACUUUCACGGGAUCCGGAUUCUGCAGCGCAGAAUACCGAGUACUUCUAUCGUUACUGCCGUCGAGCACAACAGUGGCCAACGACCACUCAGCUAGGCAAAUAACUUUGAAAAGGCAUACUACUAGCUUUUCUACCUACCGUUUUCUCGAAAACAAUGACUUCGAUUAUCUUAUUGGCUGGUGACUGUCCAAUCACAGAUAAGUGCACAAGAAGCCGACUAAUAGUACUUGGUACGCACGCCCUGCUGCAACCAUCCAUCACCGAAAACCCGUCUUGUCCUUUAUGAUCUGAGAGGACUUGAACAAACGUAUAAAUUGUCCGGUCUGUUUCAGGUGGAAGAUCACCCUGGACCUAUAAGCCCGGUAAGCAGUGGAGACGGUCACAAGGACAUGUUGGCUGCCAGUCUGAGUCAAGCUUUGAAUAAUCUCCUAGCUUCGCGACGGGCCUAUCUCUCGGAUGACUCCAGUGAAGACUCAGACUUUUAA